AUGGAAUUAGUUGAUGUUGUCAAAGCUCGGUUGGCCACAAUGAGAGAGAGUGGUUGGGAUAGUUUAUUUGCCAAUGUCCAAGAUUUUUGUGUUGCUAAAGGUAUUCCGGUGCCAAAUAUGGAUGAUGAAAUAUCGGUUCGGGAUCGUUCAAGGGCAGAAGGGAGGACUAUCACUAUUCUUCAUCAUUACCGUGUAAAAAAAUGUUAUGAUGCUAUUGACAAAAUAUGUGUGGAUAUGGAUCAUCGCUUUAGUGAAGGAAGUAACAUUAUCCUUGAUUUCUUCUCAUGUCUUGACCCCAAGAACUCUUUCUCCAAGUUUGAUGUUGAUAAGCUUGUUCGUCUUACUGAUAUUUAUCAUGCAGACUUUUUUGAUGAUGACCGAGAAACAAUUAGGAAUCAACUUGACACUUAA